UUCCACUCUCUCUCUCUCUCUCUUCGCCUCUUUUCCAUUUUGCACAUUUCAAUGCUUCCUUCCUUCCUCUUACACUACACCUCUGUUUCUUCUUUGUCCCUUUGAUCACUCACUCACUCCCUUCGCCCCAUUUCUUCUGAAAUUCCCAUCUCUUCUUCCCUUCUAAAUCUUCUCUCGUUUUCCUGUUUCUCAUCUUCCAAUCCCCCUCAUUCUGCUUCCAUUCGAGGAAAUGUAAAAGCUGUUGGAACAAUCAAACUUGCAAAUCCAUAGAAAAUUCUCCAGUUCGUCUACGAUCUAUUUGCUCCAAAUUGAUAUUUGGCUGUUGGGCAUCAAUGAAAUGAGGAUAUGAUGUCAUCAUGUCACUUCUACUCGAGAGAAUUCAAGGAAGAGCCUAUUUAUGAGCACCAAGCUUAUCCUGUCUUGCCGUGGUUCAUUUAUUAUCAGCACAAUGUGCCCGUGAAGUAUAGAUAUAUUUACUACGCUUCUCCCAUGCUAGAGCCAUUUAUCAUUUCCUGAUCUUGUUCGUGUAAACUACAGGACUUCUUAAUGGAGUUCAACAUCUCUGAAGUUAGAUUCCACUGACACAAACAAAAUUCAUAAUGGCCUACUGAUCAGCAAAAGAGGGUUGCUGCUUAUUAUUGCUCGAGUUGAGCAUGAAUUCUUGCACUAUAUGUUCUAUUUGAGAAAAGACUUUUGAAAAACUUUCAAAGAAGGGUUCAAAGAAUGCUGGAACCGGAGUUUUGUGCUUCUAGAAUUCAGUCUCCUUUUCGUGAGGAGAGUUGGGAUGAAGAGCUUUCAGUUCUUCCAAGGCACACUAAAGUUAUUGUCACUGGAAAUAACAGAACAAAGUCUGUUUUACUGGGAUUGCAAGGCGUAGUUAAGAAGGCUGUUGGCCUUGGAGGCUGGCACUGGCUGGUUUUGAAAAAUGGGGUUGAAGUGAAGCUGCAAAGGAAUGCACUGAGUGUGCUGGAACAUCCCACAGGAAACAAAAAUGAUGAUCAUGAUUUGGACAACUCAAGUUGUAGCUCCGACAUGGGUGAGAAGGACAAUGAUCUGUCUAGCAGCAUUGUUUUCCACAAACUUAGCAAACAAAAAGUGAGGCAAAUUAGGCCAUGGGCUCCAUCUUCAUCGGCAAAGCCAACAGGUCGGGGCAGCUGUGGGGAAAUUCAAUCUUUUCACAUGCCGAAGCUGGUCACGCGGGUGAAACUGGGGAAACUAGGAACAGAAUCUUUGUGGAGAUACAUCAGGCACUUCAAUCUAGUGAAUAGCAUUUCAAAUGCUUCAAGGGACCAAAUCCUUCACGUUGUGCAACGACAUUUUGCAUUACAGACGAGCUUGAACGAGGCAUCGGUGAUGACUGAAUUCAUUCGCACUGUUAAGAGACGAAGGGAGUGAGUCGAGUGACAGCGAGCGAGAGUGAAUGAUGAUUGAAAAGUGAUUUCACAUAAAUGUAUGUUUGUAUAGUGAUUAUGUCUGUUAAAUGCUAACUAUAACUUGUAGCUUCUAACUUCUAACACUCGACCUCGAUUACUACCUAGACCAGUAAUAUAUUUUUAGCUUCUUUCUCUGGAUG